AUCCGUGUGUUUAUCUCUUACACCUGACGGUGUGUUCCUUUCUCAGUGCCUCUGAUCACGACGACUUCGAGUAAAGACCAGCAACUCUCCCGCUUUAUGGAAACCGAGGCUGUGCGCUCUGUCGUGGUCAUGCUGCCUCCCAAGAACUGCCUCACGAGGAACUACAGCUGCAUAGCUGGGUUGUUCGGGAGCUUGGCAGCAGACCCGAGACUAGAAGACGUGGAGGGGAUGGAGCUGAACGGAACCAGCGAGCCCAUCGAGAUGCACCAUGUGGUGGAUGAGAGACCAAGAGGCCGGGAAUCCUUCCUCAAACCCCCGCAGAGUCCGAACCUGCGCCGGAGGUGCAAGUCUCUGCCGACCCCCAUAGAGAGAGCGAAGCUUGAGAUCUCCCGCAGCCGGAGUCCCUGCAGCCAGAAAAAGGUCCGUUUCGCCGACUCUCUGGGUCUGGAGCUCACCUCUGUGAAGCACUUCAAUGACACAGACAUGCCCGAUGUGCCGGAGCGCAUAAUGGCCACAUUCGACAGGGGUCCCCUCCACCUGAACCCCUUUGACAAGUUCCCCAGGGCACCGACCACCCAGUCAAUUUUUAUGGAGCUGCAAUUCAAGAACCCCGGGACGUUACCAGGCUUUACUGAGAAAGUGAAAGAAGUGAAAGUGUUGUUGGAGUGUGCUGAAGCCGACGAGUUCAGUCUGUCGGGCGUCGUGCGGGUUUUGAACAUGGCUUUCGAGAAAAGUGUCUAUUUGAGGUUCUCAAUCAACAACUGGAUAACCUUCAUGGACAGUCUGGCAUCAUAUGUCCCAGAAUCAAGCAACGGCGUGACAGACAAAUUCUAUUUUAAGAUAAUCACCCCAACAACGUUUCUGGAGAGCGGAGGCACAUUCCAGUUUGCCAUUAGAUACUGCGUUGGCGGAGAUGAGUAUUGGGACAAUAAUAACGGGGUCAACUACAAAGUGCGACGCCACAGGUUUAAGAUUUCUCCACCCCGUGAGUGGGAGGAUGGCUGGAUUCACUUCAUCUAACCUGCAUGCGCCCUUGGCGUUCUCACCGGCGCACUGUGUGUGUAAAGCACGCAAUCUCUCAACGGGCACUGCUUCACCAUAAUGAAGAAUAGGGCUACCAUCGACUUUAGCCUCUACACAUUGUGUUAAAGAUCCAACCGCCGUGUCCAGCUGUAAACUCAAGUAAUUUUUUACAUUGUCCCCCCCCCCCCCCACCACGGUCACAAUGGUUUUGUUUCAUGUCAUUAUGUUUGACAGAUUUGACUGGAUUGAAAAACAAGCCCGUGUCCGGCGCGGGAGGUAAAUCUGCUGUAUGAUAAUUAGCCUUGGUGUUGGGAGCUUUGUAGUCCUGUGCCCUUUGGUGUGGCACAACUAUACUCUUAUGUAAUGACACGUGCCAUUGAAAACGUGCCAGGAAUAUACCCCAUUUAAGCAUCACUAUCCCUCUAAAACGCAGCGAUGCUCGAUUCAAUCCCCACCUUUGACUAUUUUAUUAAACAUCUUGUGCGAUGUCUUAACUGUCAACGACUGCUUAUAAAAAAAUCGGAAGAAAAUGGUUAUGAAAAAUUCUAAGACAGCUUCCCGCACGUCUUAUCUUUGUUUAUUUCCGAUAGCAUGGGACUGUGCUCACGUGCAUCCCCCUGUGUACCCGUCAUGCCGGAUUUCAAUCCGAUUCUCUCUCAUCUGAAAACUCCAGCGGAUGGGGCAGGCCGAGGCCCAGUCACAACAAUAUUCGUACUGGACCAACAAAGGAAAUAUCAAAUUGUAAUUUGUCUUACCAAUUCCUCAUCUUUUCAUCUUCUUGGAUAUGCCUUAUAACGCUGCUGUGCUUUUAUCCUGAUCAAUAUUGGGUGUAUUCAGUUUUAUAACUAUUUGAACAUGAAUAUUUCAAUGUUGUGGAAAUUAUUAACCCUCUCUAUAACACUGCUCAACGAGAUGAUGUUAGAAAAAGGAAAUCAUCCCAGGAGCCUUGUUCGCUGGUUAUAAAUGCACCAUCAUUUUUCUCCAGAGGAUGGUAACCAAUAGCAGGAGAGUAGCCUAUUAGGAUGCUUUGGUAUAACCCCCAAACAUUUAACAUAAUAACAUGUGGAUCUUUACCACUCUCAAAUGCCAAAUAAUGCAUAUGCUAUAUGCAUUAUUUUAAACUAGAGGACAUGUAUAUUUGACCCAAAAAACUAUUGUACAGAACAUUUUGUUCAUUAUCUUAUACUAUAUUUUUCUCUGCAGUGCAGUCUGCAUGUGUCUAAUUGAUUUCCAGCACCACUAAUCACAGAUCUGCCUAAAUGUAAUGGCAUUACAGGUGAUAUUUUACAACAUUCCCGUUGUGACACUCUUGAUCUCAACCAGUCACAAUAAUUCACCAGGUGUCUUGUAAACAAUAGUUGAGGAUAGCUCUAACCCUAAGGUCCACUGCAGAGUCAGUCACCACUGCCUCACUCAUACAGUAUCCACAUGGAUAUUACUCCAUUUUAUAACUGUUAUUACACAAUGAUAAAUUACAGAGACAGAUACUGUUGGACUUUUGUUUCUGUUCCUUGUUGGACCUGAAAUGCAACUGUUGUUGUGGAAAAUGAUACAUUUACCUCAGAUCGUUUCUAGAGUGCGGACCUGACGAUCUUCCAAAAAAUCCAGGUUUUUCUCCUUUUAUUCAGGUUGAACAAAACAAAACAUUAUUUUUUUAUGAAAUACAGUAGAACCAAAAUAGUCAAACUCAUGCCAUUUUUUAAAACACACCCAGUCCAGUAAAACAGUAGCAUUUCAUUGUCAGUAUUUUGUAAAUAACUUCCACUGUGCAAUGUUGUAUUUUACAGUAGAACUAUGGUGAUGACAGCAUCUGAACUACUUUUACUGAUUUCAAAGUGGUAAUGUUAGACUUGGCUGAUGAUAUAGAAAAGAGCCGUGUUUGGUAGGAGCACAUAUCGUACAGUUGAUGCUAUUGCACUGGUGCUUCAUGCUGAACUCAUUUUGUUGGCACAUUGGCAUCACAUAAUGCAUGUGUCAAACUCCUUCCACUGAGGGCAGAGUGUCGGCUGGUUUUCACUCCACCCUUGUACUUGAUUGAUGAAUUAAGGUCAAUAACUAAUAAGGAACUCCUCUCACCUGGUUGUCUUUGACACCCCUGACAUGAGGUGAGAGACCUCAUUAUGGAUGGAUGGCAAACUAAACUUAGGUUAUGUAACUCAACCGCCCACAUUACACAAAUGGUUUGUCUAUUUGUGUACUGGAUGUACAGCAUGUUUACAUUCGAGUUUGUAUUUAUUUGGGUUAUAAUUUUUGAGAGUUUUCUAUGCCAUGAAUGCUUGGAAUGAAUCAAUAUUUCGUUUUUAUUAGGACGCCUCUGAGAGAUCAGCAACUUGGAGAUGUAUCUGUUUAGAAAAUGGAAUGCAUCUCUGAGACUAACAGAUGUAGUUAUUUAAUGUAGUUAGUUACUGUCUGGCUAUGGUGGUCAGUAAGAAAAGCCUGUGUUUACAUGAACCAGGACUUGGCAGGAGCUUGGCCAGACUAUUCAACCCUUGAGAUUGAAAAUGGAAAAUAGACUACUAAUGUGACCACUGUCCAAAUGACUCAUACAAUUUAGCAGAGUGGUUUGGUUUCCAGAGUCCAGCGGUUGGCUCUUUCUAAUAUCUCCAUGGGAAAUCCGUAGAGCCUGAUUGGACCAAAAUAACCACAUUUAUAGUCUCACGUCCACCAUGACAUUAACCGACCUCUAGGGCUGCACGAUAUUGGCAAAAACAUCUAACAGCGAUUUUUAUUUUUAACAAAUAUGGCUAUUGCGAUUUGAAGUGUGAUGAAGAUCAAAAUAUUUGGGUGAACUGUUGGAAUUGUAGAAAUAUAUUGAAUUAUAUUAAGAAGCAAGUGGAAAGCAGCAUCGUUCUUGUUUUGGAACAAUUUGUUGACUGCACUGACCAAACGGAACAACAUGCAAAUGUAUAGUCAAUCAUCUAACAGCGAGGGGGAGGAACGGCGCUGUUUGAGUGACAGGGGGCGAGGCUUAGUGUGUGUGCGAAGCAGCCGCAAGAGGAGGAAAAAACGUUAACUCUAAAACCUGAAGUUACUCAAGGCUGAGAUGCGUUUAAAAAUACGAUAUGGUUCUUUUGCAAUAUGGAUAUUGCACAUGUCAAUAUGUGAUUUUGAUGUGAAUUCAAUUAAUUGUGCAGCCCUCUCUUGAGUUGAGACAUGACCAUUGGUUGACAACUGGUUGGCCUCACUGUGUUCAGAAACAUGCUAGUCUGUGCAGUCAGUGAGUUCCACACACGGCAGCUGUAUCUCCACAAAGACUACUGUGGUUAACAAGAUGUCACACCUUGUCAGAGAUGGUUUUAUCUUCUUAAGUCUGAUGAAAUAUAAUGGUUAUUUUUCCUCAUGUACCUUUUGCUUAUGAUUUCUGUUAACUGUAAAUAUUAUCUCAAUAAGUGUACAUGUAGUACAGUAUGAUUUCACUCAUGAAUUGUUUCAAUCAUUUAAUCAAACAUUUAACUUUGUGAAUAUGUCAUGGAGGUAAAGAUGUUUUAUAGGGGAAGGAUGAAAGGCUUCCAGAAACAGACAGUAUGCGGUUUGUCAACACAAUGUAACCACAUUUUAUUGAUCACUAGCUGAUGUUUAUCUGUUUUUAUGUGUCGCAUAUUGAAUGUCUUUCUGCUAUCAUAUUAUGGAGUGUAAUAGCAUUUCAAAAACAGGAUUGCAAGCGGUGGAUGGAUACCCAACUCAGAACUACAAAGUAACUCCAAAUAUACAUGUACAAUAGCAAUCCAAUCUAAAAACGAUCUGAACAAAAUAGAAUUUCAGGAAAUGUCCUUUAAAACUCCGAUAUGCCAUUGAACCUUAUGCCAAAAUGCGGGUGUGGUCCCAGGAAUGAUAGGGUUAUUGUAUAAGGUGUGACUAAAGAUGGUUCCGUUGCCUUAUGUUUAAAGUUCAUACUGAAAUGAACACAUAAGAGGUCUAAGCUGUGAAGUGAUGUUAUGGUAGGUCGAUCAACAUGUGAUAAUAGGUCGAGCAGUCAAAUCAUACUGGACAGUAUGUACUGGGACUAAGCUGAGGGGGUCUUUAGGCUACAGAGUUGCAUUCAUGCCACUGAAGACAACAUACACUUUGGAGUAUCUGAAACAUCUGAAAGGAGUGACUAAUGAUUGUAAUAUUGAGCUACUCAAAGUUCAUAGUGCACUUUGAGUAGGAAAGUAGAAAAGCUAGGAAAAGAGGCAUGAUUUGGUUUGGUAUGCCUCUUCCGACUUUACACGUAUUCCUGUGAAAUGCUACUAACCAAGAUGUUCUCCAUGUUUCAUACACAACUUUCUCUCUCACUGUGAAAUAUUAUACAUCUGAAAUAGUUCAAAUCAAGUUCACCUUACUCAUAUGUGGAGUGGAGGAAGUGAAUUUCCCUUGGUUUGACCUAUAAGGUUAUCAGUAUUCUUCCUUUGAACCUAUGCAAACCUUAGUACUGCAAUCCAUCAUCUGUCUGUGUUGAUGUGUCUUGGUGUCUGGCGUGUUGUUUGGCGCUAAUGUUUAUCACUGUAUUCUGGCUGUUUGCAUGCACGGCAGAAGUACCCCUGUUAUUUUUAUGGUGAGUUUGUAAUGUAGCCUAUAUUUUAUUAAAACAACGGCAAUAAAGGCCUUUGUGAUGGGAAAUGAAAA